AUGAACAAAUUUUUUUCACGAGCAGGAGGCUGCAUAAAAAACGAAUAAGCCUUCAGAGCGUUACAAUCUAUUUGUGAGGAUUAGGUAUCUAAGAUUGAAAAGAUUAUUCCAGACUCAGAUCCAACGUUCCUCCUACAGAUUAUGUUUAAUUGCUAAAAGAUUGGGAUCAAGGACAAAUUUUUUUACGAUUCAAUUAUUCAAAAUCUAGAUUAAAACAUGACAUAAAUUACCAGGUCUGAAGACUUCAUAAUUAUGGGAGCAGCUCUAGGCAUGAACCCUGAGAUUUUGAGAGACAAUGCCCAAUUCGUUCUUAAAUUCUAUGACCACACCUUCAAGAAUAGAUUUUUAAUAAAGCAAAAGGAUAAGUAAGUGCUUAGCCGCCUCUUUAGUGAGAUGAACCUAUCAACUAUUAACAAAAAGCAUCUUGACAUACAUUAGGAUGUUAAGUAAAAAGAUGCUUAGAAAUAGGCUUUUGAAAUAUAUUAGAUUUCUCCUCCUGAGAACUUACUUAUUGACUUCGAUUUUGAAAAUAGAGUUGUGAUAAUUAAAAACAAAAAGACAUAGCAAAUGAUUAUUUUAUUUGGAAGCGAUCAUCACUGUGAAGAUAGCAUUAACUUUGGCAAAUAGCUAAUGGAUACAUUUAAGCCCUAGACUAUUAUGGUUGAAGAAAAACCAAUUGAAACACUAAAGUAAGAGUUAUAUGAAGAUGAUAAAGGAAAUAUAUACCCUCAGAUAAAUGAUUUGAUUUCUGUACUUAAGGGAUAAGAAUACAAAUCCUUUAUUUAGGAGUCUGUUAUAGAAAAUCCAGAGAAUUUUACUUAUGAUAGCAAAAAGAGCAUAGUGUAUGCAAAUAAUUAUAAUGGGGUAGGAAUAAAGAUGCCAACUGAUUUUCCUACAUAUGCAGCUUAUCAUCUCGAGAAGUAAAGCAAAUUUAUUGAAGAUGCUAAAAUUGUUCUAUGUGAUCUUUCACAAACAGAGAUGGCUUCAUCAUUUAUACUGAGUAUGGAUUAGAAAAAGAGAAGAUUGCUGCAAAGUUAACUGAAAUAUCAGAUCCUAUUAGAUACAACUUCAUGGAUUUCAGAUAUUCACAGAUCAGGAUGUCAGACCUGUGCAUCGUUUUUAAAUAGAAAUAAGGUGUCUGCUUACCCAAGCAAGCCAGUCUAACUGUUAUCAUAGAAGUAAAUGCCAUCUUUCAAGGAUAGAGAACAAUCGAUUGCCUAUUCCAUUUUAAGAACUAUGGUUGAACUUCCUAAGGAGCAGAAUUUUGUAGUCUAUGUUGGUAAUGACCACUUGCUUGGAGUUACAAAAUAAAUGGUGAACUUUUUAAACAAUGGGGAGUAGUUUAUGUCCUAUAAAAGACCUCCAUAGAUUAUUGGGGACAAAGAAAUGCUUAAGAAUGAUGAACUCAGACAUGAAUAUUUGAAAAGACAAGCAUUGAGUCAAGUCAUUUACGAUGAUAAUGAAAUGAUGGAUGCUAUUCCUCCAUUUGUGCAUACUAAGGAAGAUUUAUAUUUCAAGCAGGCCUCGGUACUUAAACAAAUGAAGAAUGUUAUAAUGGGUAACUUCGUCAAUGACAUAGAUGACUUGCACAUUGAAUUCAAUAAAGACGAAGACUAUAUUAAGGAAAAGUAGGGUCAUAAGAGUCAGUAGCUAGUUGAAGAUGAUAAAUAUCUAAAAGAAUAUCUAGAUAACAAAGGUGGGAGACUAAAGUGUCUAUCUUUAAGUUAUAUGCAAGGCAAUUUCGCCUAUCUGCAUUCUUAAAGACAUCACUUAAUUGAUGAAAGCUUCAAAGAACUGGGAAGAAAGUCUAUUAAUUUGGUAAAAAAUAUUGAUGAUUUAUCUGAGGAAGAAAAUAAUAAUUAGUGA